AUGGCCGUCGCAAUCGGAAAUGGAAGAUAUUACAAACUUUUUCGUGGCAAUUCCGCGCCAAAACGCUUGCUCAUUGGAGAACUGAACGAGCCAGGAUUGCUGUCAAGUUCAUUUAUCCAAGGUUUGUGCAAGUUUUCGAUGUCGAGUUUUAUUAUCAUAUGUUAAUUUGUUACUUUUUCUUCCUCGAUGGGUUUUCUUUGAAAACGACCGUCUUUAAACUUAAAGGAAACAACUAUUAUCAGUGCAGUAGCCUUUGGAAAACAGUACACUACAAUCAUAUCCCAUAAAAUGCAUAUCGCGCAACCGCAAUUUUCGAGAUUCUCUUUAUGAAAAAUACCAACUCGAAAUUAAAAGGAUAAACAAUUUGAAUACGGAAGCGAUCCUCGUGGUUAUGAACACUACUUACGUGGUAAAAAAUUCAGGUCCGUACGGGAUUUGAACCCAUGACGAUACCGGUACAGCGCUUUACCAACUGAGCUAGCAAGCCGGAUAGGAAGUGGGAGAAACAUGAGAAACAUGCACCAGACGCUUUACAAGUCGAGAAAAUAAGAACCUAUUUGAUAAAUAGAUUCCUUGUUGCUGCGUGUCUGUUCAGUUAUAAGUCAAAGACGCCAUCAAAAUUUGGUAAGAACAAAGUGGCACAUAAGCACACUGAGCUGAUGAUCUUAUCAUUUGUGAUCUAUUUCUAUCCUGACUCGUGGAAAUAUGGAAUUUAUUUCGUGUAUACUAAAUAAAAAAAAGUUAAUGUUUUUAAUGGAAACAUCAUCUAUGUAUCUGUCUUCCCAUAGAUCAUUAACCUUUUAACUCCCAUGAGUUACCAAGACAGAAUUUCUCCUUACAAUAUCAAUACAAUAUCAACCAGAAAAGUGAUGAGAGUAAAGAAAGUAUCUACUUGUGGAUAAUUGAUUGAUCCAUUACUAAAUUCUCUGAACUAAAGUUAUGAGAAUUGUAUGGUUGACAGUAAAGAGAGUUACAAGUUUGAUCUGGAAGUUAAAAGGUUAAUAAGAACCUAUCAAAAUGUGUGUAUACUAUGUAAUUCAGCUUAUCAUACGAUCAUCUCUUUUUCUUGCAGGAGUUGUAGGACAAGUUUUCCCUAUAAAAAGUUCAGAGAGGUAUGGCAAGCUGUGUAAGAUUGUUUUGCGGGAAGAUUUGGAAAAGCGAAGUCUAAGGUCAACUUGUGCCACAAUUAAUGCUUUCCUGUUAGGAGAUCUGGCUGAUGAAGGUGAUAGAAUUAAAGAGGGUGAUCGUGUGGUCUUGUCAGAGGUUGUUGUAGAAUGUUCUCCCACUGAUGAACACCUAUAUCAGCUCAUUGCUUGGCGAGAAAAAUCUCAGGCAUCAAUUUGGGUGAUAAAUAACAAGGGAAAUGUGAGAGUUAAUAAUACAAGUGGUAAUGAAAAAACUCAAGUGAACAAUGCAGAAGAUGGAAAAAAUCUUACAUGUAGUGCUGACACUGAUGAAGAAGAAACUGCUGUGCAGGAAACAUCAGAGCCAGGGUUUUACAUUGUAAAGAAGACAUCCACUGGUGAAGAGGGUAGAAGGAGAAGCAAACAAAAGAUAUUUGAAAAGAGGAAAGGGAAAUUUCAUCUUGGCCCCAAGGGAGUCACACCUUCAAAAUCACAUGUAAUGAGGAAAGUUAGUGAUGCUGUUGUUGUAAUAGACAAAUCUGAAGUGAUAAAACGUUUAAGUCAGAAAGAUGAGAUAGGUGGUGUUGAACAUUUAAGCCUCAGCAUACAAAAUGGCAGUCCAAAUAAACCAUCCAAUGGGCAGUGUGCUCACACUGAGUUGUCACCAGCAGGAGUAUCAACAAGAAUUUGUGAGGGUAGUAUGAAGGCUGGGCAAAUGAGAGAUCAGUCUCAAACAAGCACAGUGCCAAGUGAUUUGCUGCAACUGAAGGCUCCAGAAGCUAGUGCUCUAUCAAUUGUUGAGAGCGAUGUCACUGCUGAAGGGAACUACCAGGUUAAGGAUAAGGUUAAUGCACAGCAGAAAACAGGUAACAGCUCUGAGCAUCUCUGCUUUCGUAAGCUGUACAGUGUAGCUUGGUAUCCUGCACAAUGCAAGGCAUUUAUCUGGUGGUCAAUAGAUCAGUGGGGGUAUAUAGAUGAGAAAAAGGUCACAGAAGAUAGAAAAAUGAAUGAAAUUGAUAUUUUGAGAAAGAUGCAAAAAAUUUCAUGCCACUGAUCAUUUUCACAUUGCUUCUGAAGCAUCUUUUUCAUGGAAAACUUCAAGUAGGUCCUUGCAGAGGUCAGGGAAUUUUCUUUGUGCUUUUUAAAGAGUACUAACCCUUUAACUUCCAUGAGUGACCAAGACAGAAUUUCUCCUUACAAUAUCAAUACAAUAUCAACCAGAUAAGCAAUGAGAAUAAAGAAAAAUAUCCAUUUGAGGAUAAUUAGUUGAUUCAAUACUGAAUUCUCUGAACUAACGUUAUAAUAAUUGUAUGGUUGAUGGUAAGUAGAAUAACAAAUUUGAUAUGGGAGUUAAAGGGUUAACCUUUUUUACAGAUGCUGUGAUAGCAGUGUGUGUGAUAAUUAUUACAUAAUGAUUCUCAAAUGCACAGAAGGGAUAAAUGAAAACAAGGCCUUUAAUAUGAGACUGCUAAGAAAGAACAAUGCAAAUGGCAUUGUUUCACCUACUUUGUCACCAUAGUUUUAAUCGUUCAAGAGGUAACCAACCUAGCAUUGCUCUUUAAAAGGUAGUGAACAGUUUCUCUUUGGAUCUGAUAUAUAGUUUAAUUGUUAUAUAUUUACAUGUGUAUGAAGAUUUGAUCAGCAAACUUCUACAGUUGUAAUUACAAUUGGUCAUUACAAAUACUGUAGCUGCCCAACCCCCCUCCCCCCCCUGUUUAGCCAAACUUUUGACCAAGCAAUUGCCUCCUCUAUUACUUAUUCAUGGAAAGAUCAUUAUUUGUUCCACUUAGACAAAAGAAGUAACUCUUGUUUUAUAGAUGAGGCACAGCAAAUGUCCAACGAAGAUAUGCUUAUGCCCGACUUUGAACAAGAGGAUCAGGUUUUUUUAUCAGCCCGUAGAAGAUCAUCUUCAACUUAUUCUGUUGCCAACCAAAGAAGUCCUGCAAAAGGGUUAGAUGUUUGAUUUUUUAGUUAAAAUUGGAUUUCAAAGUUUCUUAAAAAGAAAAAUUUUUUGAUGUUUGAUUCCACAGAUUGAUUUUGCUGCGACAUGCACCAUGAUUUGUUUAGAAAAUGUCCCUCUCUAAACUGGUGGUAAUGGUCUGCUUCCAACUUUUUCCCAAAUUGAGGCUCACUGUGCAUUGUGUUUUGUUAAGUUCUCAUUAACAGUCUUAUUGAUUUUGUUUCAGUUGAGUCAGAUAAUUAUCUUUAGAGGGCUGGACCUUGGUUAAUUCUUGAAGAGUCAAUACUUGCCAUGUGUUAAAUGAAAUUUAGGGAAGUUUUGUUAACCUUCUCUCUCAUAUGGGAGAUGUCACAGGUGUUUGGCUAGUGUGCAAGACUCUGAUUGAAGGAGUCAUGAUUGAAGCUUUGGUCAUCUUGGUCUUUAGAAAGAUACUUAAAUCCCACGAUCUCUCAGCAGAGAAAAGUGGCUACCACAAAUGGUUUAGACUACAAAUGAGUACCAGCAAAUUGUCUAUGUGUUUAUUUAUAUAUCUAUUCAAUGUGAAAAAAAUUUCAACAGGCGGGACCAGUUUAGCUUAAAGUUGGUUUAAAUGAGGGCUUGUAUAAACAUUCUGAAUAUGUUAAUAUACAUGGAUCUAUAUGAAAGUAAAAUACACAAACUGAAUGCCCCAACAAAAAUGACUAUAGAGCUGUACAUAUAAAGAAAAUGUACAGUGCUAUCUGUGUGGCAUUAGAGUGAUGAGACAAAUUUAUGAUUAGCAACAGAGGGGGGGGGUCACUUGUUUCUUCUAUGGACUUGUGUUUUGUUUAGGAAAAGGAGCAAUACUCCUGUUUCAGCUUUUUGCAAUGAUGGCUCACGAAGCAAACCACUAAUCUUGUACAUCCCCUAAAUGAUCUUUUUAAUUGUUUGCUUUAUUUUUCUGGUUCAAAUUCCAUGCUGACCAUGUAAACUUCGUUGGAUGACUGCCUUAAUCUACAAUGACCGUUAAUGCCUGCUUUUAUCUAUAGGCUGAACAGAAGACCUGGCAUUCCUGGUGAGAUUCUGCACCAUGUUGCUGCAAUCAAUGAAGAUGAGACAUUCUCUACCAGUACAAGGAGUUUGAUUCCUGAAGACUACACCCCAGUGGCAAGUCUGUUGGCUGACCAGGGAUCUAAUGAUCAAGGUUAGUGGCCCACACCUACUGAAGUGGCCUUUACACCCAAACAUCAGUAUGCAUAUUCGCUACAUACUCUUCUCUGUACAUUUCCUAAGGUGCUGACAGGGAGAAUUUGUUUGAUGAUCAAGAGCUUCUUCAGUUGGUGAUCAUUUCCUUCAUUCUCAUGCCCUCAAUGUGUGAUUCAGGGGUGAUAUUGUAAGGAGAAAUUAGAUGCUGGUCACUCUUAGGGCUCAAAGGGUUAAAAGAGACUUCUCUGAUGGAUUAUGAGUCUCAUUCCAAGUUCAUAGGCAGAACGAUUAAAACCAUUUCACUUCUUUUCUAGAAGUUUCUCUCUUUGCCUCUUGUGGCAUACAGCUGUGAUGUAACACAGCCCUAAAAAUGAAAAACAAGAGCUAAUGUAGCUAAUGUUGACUAUAAAGUUACUCAAUCAUAAUUACUAUGAAGAGAAGCAAAGGUUUUAACCCUUUCACUCUUAAGAUCUCAUUAGUUAUUCCCCUUACUUUCUGCCAUACAAGUCUUAUGCUGUUAGUUUGGAGAAUUUGGUAAUUACUAGUAAACUAGUAAUCCCCUAAUUGAUACUUUUCUUUAUUUCAUCACUUGUCUGUUUGAUACUGUAUUGGUAUUGUUAGGAGAGAUUCUGUUGUGGUCACCCAUUGGAGUUAAAGGGUUUUAAAGUGAGUUCUUUCCUUACCCAAAGGUGGAGUGAAGAGAUCUUCUCCUAACCCAGUCCUUGAUGUCAAGCGACUGAGAGCUUCUCCUGGACCUUCCAGUCAGUUGUCUUCCCGUGACCAACUUGGCAGUCCACGUGAGGGCGAGCGUGCCAAGGAGAAGUCCUCUAGAGAGGCCGCUGACUACACUGUUCCUCAAGGUUAUACUACCUUAGCUAAUCUAAAGCCUGAAACUGUUGUGAACAUCUAUGGAGUGGUGAAAUCUUUCAAACCGGCCUGGAAGUGCCGAGGCACCGACAUGUGCUCUGUUCUGAUGAUAACGGAUCCUACGGUAGUUGAUUCCACCUUUGGCCUUGAAUGUGUCUUCUUCCAGCAGACCAUCAGUCGCCUGCCUGCCGUUCACAAGGUGGGAGAUAUCGUGCGAUUGCACCGCAUCAAGAUCUCGCAGUACCAGGAAAAGCUUCAAGCGAUGUCAUCCCGUGGAUUUGCGGCGAUUGUCUUUGACCGGGAUAGCGAGGUACCAGUGACAGCAGAAAUGGCGAGGGUCUCAAGCUCUACCUUCUCGCUAUCAAAAGAGGAUAAGGACACCAUCCAGUGCCUAAUAGAAUGGUGUGACUGCAAUCCGGCCAUCUUUCCGCUAACUAACUUCAUUCCUGUUACGGAAAUUAACCCAGACUGUUACUUCGACUUAGUCGGCCAGGUCCUUGGUGUUGCAUUACAUCGUACCCUGGACUGUGUGGUACUCUUUGUCACUGACGGUACCCAUCCGAAAUGUGACAUCCGAGAGGGCACUGGCGAUGAGUACAACGUGGUAGAGCCUCCAGAUAACCACCGCUCGGCGAAGGACGGCGAUGUCAUCUCUGUCUUCCUUUACGGCGCUUACGCCGAAGUUGCGCGGCUUCUUGCAAGAAAGGGGAACUAUGUCAUCCUUCAUAACUUGCAUUCCCAGAUCCUGAAGCAAGGCGGGUCUGUUUGCAGUGUGGUGGACGUUGUAAGGCCUUAUGUCGAAUUGUGCAUCCAUAGGGGCACCUGUUAUGGGCGUGGUCUUACUCUUCUGUCCGCUGAUUCGCCGGAAGUCAUAGGAAUUAAGAAACGACUAGGUGUCUAAUUUGACACGACUUUUCAACAAUUCAACAAUGUUUCUUUUCUUCCUAUGGCUUUUAUCGCCGACAGUUUUUUUGCUGUUUCUCCUUGUGUAAAUACUCCCUUUUUACUCUCUUUUAGUUCAAACGUCGUCUCGUGUACCUAACCAACAAUAAUGGCAACCCGUAAAAUGGUAACUUAAAACUAUUGAUGUAUGUUCCACGUAACAUGAAAGAGUAUUUUCUUGUAUUAGGUUUCGUCAAAUUUAACGACAUUAAGGGCAUUGAAAUUAUCCACUUUAGUCUUUGUUUGGAACGUCAUCCUUCGGACAGGGUGGAGGGGGAGGGGGCAAUAUCCGGUAGCGAUUUUCAGUUGAACCAGCACAAUCAUGUUGAACCCCUCCAGACUCGCAUACUGUUCGAGUGGAAAGGGUGGGAGGGUGGGGGGAAUAGGUGUCUUGUGCUCCUCUCAGGCGUUAAGUAAAACUAAUUGAAUGUUCUAGCAAAAUUUCUCCCAAACUCAUAUAAUUUUCGCUCCUGUUGCUUUUUUCUCAACACUCAACUGUAUAAAUAACUAUUUUUUCUGUUGUCGCUACAUCUCCCCUUGGUGUGUCUACAUUAAUAUGCUAGCUUGAGGUCAACUUAGCUUCUUAGAUAACUGCAUGCAUACGAGUGACCCAUUGCGGGAGCAAAGCGUGGAAUUACCCGUUGUCCAGAAAGUGUGCGAGUCAUUUCUUUUCACCUAUUGCAAAGACUGUUGGUUGAUCGAACAGGUGGUUUACUAUGUCUCUCCCCCCCAUAUUCUCUUUCUUGGGGCUCUCCUUUCCCCACUCUCCCUACCUCUCUCUCUCUCGCUCUCGUUCAACGGGGGCUGGAAACGGAAGGGGUCCCCAAGAACCAAGUCGACUGUUCCCGCCUCUCUUUUCUUCGUAAAACUUCCAUGUGUUGAAAGGAGAAGGUUUGCUGCCCUCGUUGCCGACAUAAACUCGGUUAUGAGCCUAAGAUCAUGGCUCCCGAAUGUUUUUUGGUGAGUUUGUACUUUUCAAGCAAGAGGUUGCAAGGGUGAGGCGAGCGGGUGUCCUGCUUCUCAUGCCUUUCUCGCCUUUGCAUUUCAGUCCCCUGAAAACAAACAAAAGAAAAAAAUUGGGAAAGCUUGUUCUGCAAGCGAGGAUUUCAAUGAGAAUAUCUGCUUUGUCCACCUCGGUGACCAGUUGAAUUAUCUCGGCAGUAUGAGCAUGAAUUACGCCACUGAUCAUAUGAGCAGAAGGCAGAAUUUAUGGCACGAACGAAAACGUAUCUCAUAAAUGAUGUUUGUCAAGAGGUUACAAAAUUUCAGUUGCAUUUGUUUUUCAACUAGAUAUUGCAGUACUUAUCUUGCAGGGCAUCAAAUUUGAAAAACAAUAAAGGAAAGCUAAGAAUUUUUGCGAGAUCAACAUUUCUGCAUCUUAAAAAUCAAGGUGGCCUCUCGUUUUACUCACCUUCGUUCCCAGCUGGGGAUCUCUGAGGCUUAUCUUCGGUCUCGUGACCUUCCCUGGUUUCAGGUGUCACGCAGUAAUCUACAUUUGCAUAUUUGCACAAUCAGGCGGUUGUGUUUGUGCCUUUCUUUGGACUUGCGGAGUUGAUUAACCUUGGCCUCUGCGCUCCGUGGUAUUAUUAUCGCAGUUCACGUCUUGAAAGAGAAUCACUGGGGAGAUUUUGUCUCAAAAUCAGAUUAUUUCUACAGUUAAUCACCCGCAACAUCAACAGUUCACUGUUACGCUCGAUUGGGAGCAGUAUUAUUUAAAUCUUGGAACAUCUGUGUUGACGAAAAAGGAUCGCGUUGGGCUUAUUUUGGAUUUUACCCUUGCUUUAUUUUAACAAUUCCUUUUAUGAGGACAUUUUAGAAAUUCUUCCGGUGGUGAAGUGGACUCCCUCCAAUCUCGGAUGCCGCGCGUUUUAACUCAAGAACCAUGAGGAUCAAUUACACCAGCGUUUUGGUAUUAUUUUUCGUGGUUACCUACGAACUACCGUUGCUUGUUGUCGCAGAACGUCUAAAUAAUGAUAUUGUGAAGAACUGGUCUGCGCUAGUGGAGAGCUAUCUCCUAAAACUUGCCGAGGAAGGCCUAAAAACGCGCGAGCUACAGAAGUUGUACGACAACGCAAAUUACACAGUGGAAGAAAAAAGUGGAUUCGAUACUGUGAACUCUGUGAAAUCACGGCUAGGAAACUACUUCGUUAAAAAAGAAAAUGCGGCCAGGGUAUGUAAGAAUAAUUUUUUAUUGCGGCAUUGAGGCCGCGAUUAAAAUUUAAACUUGAUCAGUGAGUUGCUCUUAUUAAGCUCUCUCCCAAAACCAACUGUUAUGAUCAUGAAAUAUUCAGCAAAAAUGCUGUCACAAUUGUUGUUUUUGUUCUUCACAUUUGUUUGGACUACCGUUGCGUUGACGCUAGGUUCGUUAUUUUUUCGUACUGUUGUUAUUUUUUCGUCGCUAAUUCUCUUCUGUUCCAUUAUUAGCUGAAUUGAAUUAAUUUAAAUUAUGCAAAGGUCACCUAUCUUAUCUGGCCAUUUUGAUUACAUUGAUAGAAAUCUCCGGACAGCUGCCUGAGGCAAUUUUGAGAUUCUUUUUUUCUUAAAAAAAAAAUAUGGCUGAUGUCUAGCAGUUUUAACAUACAAAUACUGCUUUUAAAAAAAUGUUGUCCCGCAAGGAAAUUAUUCAUUUUGAGAUCAUAACAUACAGACAGAGUACAGCAAGGUCCAUGCUCCAUGAGUGAGAGCCAAAUAUUUAUUCUCCCAGCUGGACCAAUUUAGUCACUAAGCAUUUUAUUAUUCAUGUAGGACCCUCUUUUCUAUUUUAGCUUUCAGCUUGUGGGCUGUACAGUGAGUACAGCCACUGAGUACAGCCCAUGUAUGGGUCUCUUUGUUUUUUGUUUUUGAAUCAAAGCACAAACAGGGCAGCAUUUGUCAUAUGAAAGUAGAUUCCCUGCAUAACCCUGCUUGGAAAAUCUAUAUUUUUUGGUUUGGAGGAUCAUCCUUCAGAUGAUGGAUCAAGAUAAAAAAAUCCAAAUUGUCAGCAAAGCAAAUUACCAGUAACAAAUGUAUUUCAACAUGCACAUUUAUUAUGUUGGAACAAAAUUGAUGAGUAAAGGCUAGUUGUGGGAAGAAUGCAAAUUAAGGGAAAAAAAAGCAAAAUUGUUUUUAAUGGACCAACAUGUACUUAACAGAAAGUUGUAAACCUUAACAAUUUAUAUAUGUAACCAUUUCCCUUUGCGAUUAUUUUCAACUAUGGUAGAAAGUUGCAGAAGAAGUUGCCAGACUUCAUGAUGAAUUUUACACCAAUGAAACUCUACAAAAAAUGGCAAAGGUGUCAACUCUACAAGAGCUUGGCGACAAAUUCUACUCUGACUCAGAUCUUGUGGAUACUCUGCCUAAAGAUCUGGAAUUCAAUACGUAAGUAACUACUGCAAUCUGACCAGUGUGUCCUCAAUAGUGGCAAAGCCCUUAAUAUUUGGGAAGUGAAGCACAUCAAGUGUUAGGUACUCCCUCUCAAAAGCUCAUUCUUAGCUUUAGAUGCAUUGUUCAACACAAUUUAUUUUGGGAUGGUCUAAUAUUUCUUGAAAUUUACUUAAUGUUAGUUAGCCAGUACUGAAAUGAAGUUAAUUUUAUGGUAAACAAACAGGCUGUGAGGAAUAUAGCUUCUGGGUACUUAUGCUGAUAUUGAAGGAAACUUCAAAUUAUGAUAUAGGCUGCAAAGUACACUCCUCAAUUCCAUUGCUUCCUUGUCCCAAAUUUAUGAACAGUGAAACCUGUAUUGACCCUGUCAAUCCCAAGAUGUACAUAUGAAUUUUCCAUAUCAUAAGCUGUCAAUUAAAAUUGUGAUUCAGUCUGGAGAAUUUGGUGUUAAAUCAAACCAUAAUUUCUAUUUGACGUCUUUCUUUUUUCUCAUCACUCAAUUAAUUUUAAAAUUUGUUGAUAUUGUAUUGAAAAAUUUCUAUUUGGUCAACUUUGGGAGGGAAAGUGUUAAAUAGUUUUUCAAAGGCACUGCCACUUCCAUUUCUUUACAAAUAUUUUCCCUGUAAAUUUCUUUCACUCCAAAAUGGAGGAAUGUCCUCUACUUCUUUGGGGCUUAAACAUCCCUAAAAAUAAUGCCUCUUUUUACCAAGAAUCUGGAGAACUGGUUAGGGUUAAUAGGAUAUAAAUUUGUCACCUAUCCUUUUCAAACAUUGAAUCUCAAGUAUAGAUUACUACUGGUGACUAAAUCUUAAACCGGCCAUUUAACUCAUAGGUUAUUUAAGCAGAAAGUGAGUAAAAGCAGGAGCUCUGUGAAGAUAUCUGAUCAGGUUGCCAGAAGCAACCCCAAGCUGAUUGAAGCUGUGUUUUGGUCAUCACUUCUGGAUAAAGUGUUUAAGGAAAAUUCAAAAAGUGAUCCAGAAUUAAGGUGUGUUUGUUGUGUGGUUUUGUACUAUUAGCUAUACAGCUAUUUAAGUCAGUAAAAGGCUAUCUUAACCCUUUAAUUCCCAGAAGAGAUAGACAUGUACCUCCACGCAAAUAAAUUAUUCAGCAAACAGGUAAUAAGAAUACUUAAACCUAUUAGGAAGAACUUGUUGUCUUGAUCUACACCAAAUUCCCAUGACUAAUUCACUAGGAAAGGAGUAGCAGCUAGAAGGGAGAAUUUACAAUCAGAUCUUGGGAGUUAAAGGGUUAAAGGUCCAAUACAUCCAAAUCUGUGAGAGUUUUAUUUUUUUUGUAAAGGGUAAGAUGCUUUGUUUAUGUUUAUUUAUAAUGUUUGUUUCCAAUUUAUUUGAAAUUGAGGGCCACAAGUUUAGUGUUAUCCUCAGUGAUAAAUAUCUUAUCAUAUCAUUUGUCUAAGAAAGAUGUUUGGGUUCUUCCCUCAAAUCUGUGCAGAGCUGCCAGCAACUUAUUUUAUUAAAUAUCUACUUCUUUGUUAAAAAUUAUUUUAUUGUUAUUUUUACUUUUACUGCAACCCACAUGUAAAUUUGAAAAUAUCCUGGCAUUGUGUUUGGCAGGUGGCAGAAUUUUGGUUCAAUAGAGGGCUUCGUCAGAACGUACCCAACCCGAGAAUGGUCCUUAAACUUUGCUGGGUUCCACAUAGAUUACGACCCCAGAUUGAGGCCGUGGUAUAUUGGUGCCACGUCAGGCCCUAAGGACAUUGUCAUUAUCCUGGAUUGCAGCUUGUCCAUGGCGGGAAAGAAAUUUCACAUGGCCAAACAAGUAGCAAAGACAGUAUUGAACACUCUGACUAAACAAGAUUAUGUCAAUGUUAUCUGUGGACACGAGAGUCACUGGGAUGAAGUAGGAAAGUGAGUAGAUUUUUCAAACAACUCUGUGAAGUGAUAACUGUGGAAAAUUAGGUGGUUGAGGUAGGUGGGAUGGAGGAAGUAUUGAUUGCAUCUUUUUUCAUGGAUGAGACACUUUACAAAUUUUUGCUUAUCUCAAAGUAACAUUCUGCAUAUCUUGGUCCUGGCUGGUUUGAUGAAAAUUCAUAGCAACCAGACGAGAGAUGCAAUAAACUAAUAUAGGAUACUGAAAGAGGAAGGAGUAAUACCUACAUGCCUAUAGAAGCAUAGGCACUCAAGGUCAAUGUCUUUUUUUUCUUAUCAGGUGGUUUGAGUACAAGACAGAAGUACUUAGCUGCCAACAAAAUCGACUGGUACCAGCGUCCACUUCUCACCGGAAGGACUUAAUUGAAAAGAUUGAUAACCUGAGGGCUGGUGGAACAAGUGAACUCAAGUAAGAUAGCCGGCGCUUCAGAUCUUCAGAACUAAUGAGGCAGUCAAAGUAUUUACUUUCCAAAUUACCCAUGCACAAGCCCAUAGAAAACCGUAAUGAAAGCUAACCUGUGUAGUUUCGAAUAAAGGGGGUACGUUUCUAAAGAAACUGUGGCGCUUCGUGGGUGGGAGAGUAUAGAAGGGUAAUUUAGUGUUAUCAACUGAGUUGAUAACGGAAAUUGGCCACCGUAAUGAGUUUAAAUGGAACAGAAAAUGGAGCUACGCUAUUGGUGGGAAUAUGUUGACGGAAUACAAGAAUAAAUAAGUUGAAUGAGAAGCGCUUGUUGAUACCGUGGCGAUUAAGAGUGCCGAUUUGGUAGAUAAAUUUUUGUUCUAGAGUUUUGCGGCUUUCCGAACUGCCUAGAUGCAGGGAAAGGCUGCAAACUGCCAUAUGCCAUAGAGAGAUUAAUGUGUCUAGUGACUGGUUUGGAUACGUCCUUGUCAUUUCUUUCCAUGUCGCUAAGGUGUUCUCGGAAUCGGUCUCGAAAUGUUUAGUUUCGGACAUGUUGGCGUGAGCGUGUCCCGCGAAGAAAGCCGUUCGGUCCUUAACCUUUUAACUCCUAAGAGUGACUAGGGUCUAAUUUCUCCUUACAAUGUCACCCCUGAAUCAAAUUUUGAGGUCAUGAGAAUAAAUGAACUGAUCACCAACUAAAGAAGCUCUACAUUGCUAACCAAAUUCUCCUUGUCAGCACCUGAGGAAACAUAUAGAGAACAGUAUGAAGAAUAUGCAUACUUAUGUAAGGCUAUAAAGAGUUAAGACCUCGGGCACAGGUUUUUCCAAUACGGAGCUCCUGCCUGGUAAAUAAUAUGUGUAUCAUUUGGAUUUUUUUAUUUUCUCUUUGAGACAAAUACGGAUAUUCGUAGGCCUUCCGCGCCAUCAUUUUCAAGCGACCGUCAUGUUAGCGAGGGUCAGUGUUUAAUUUAACAUAGCUCCAUGGACACUUUUGUAUGGCAUGUGAUUUUACGUUGCGCGCAGAUUUGGAACGAUGGGUAGUUUAACGAAGUUUAGUUUAGUUUAGAAACGCACGUUGCUUUGCGCUGUUUGCUGUUGCUUCUCAGAUGUGAACAUAUGAGAUAUCAUAUCAGAGGGAGGGCUCAAGUUAAUCCUAAAACACCCAAGAUCUGAUUUUCAAUUCUCUCCUCUAGCUGCUACACUUUUCCGUGUAAAUUGGUUACGAGAAUUGGUGUUAGAUCAAGAUGACAACCUCUACCUGAUAAGUUUGAAUGUUCUCAUUACCUGUUUGCUCGAUGAUUUAUGGAUAUUAUAGGGAGAUGCUACAUGUUAAUCACUACUUGAGGUUUAAUACAUCGUUAUUUCCAUUUUUUGAUGCAAAGGAAAAUCAUCGAGGGAAAAACGCCUUUUAUAUGGUUUAUUCUCAAGAGAGGUCAUAUUCUAUGGCUGUUUUGGAAACUUUUCGGUCACAACAAAGUAUCUCACAAUAGUUUCACGCCUUCCUUCAACAGAAAAUCUUUCAAGUUGGCAUUCGAAUUGCUGCAAGGAGCAGCCAGAACCGGCUGCCAGAGCAUCAUUGUUUUCGCUACAGAUGGAGUGGAUAAUGAUGGGGACCCUGUACGCUGUGGCCCAGGUUACUACACUAGGAGCGGUUACGUUCCAGGGCAGAUAUGCAAAUAUGACUGGAAUGAUGUGUGGGAUGAAGUACUGGCUAAGAAUAGAUAUAUGAUUCCCAGGGUAAGAAAUUUGUUGGACGGGUUUGGUACUAAGUUUUGAAUCUAAUUUUAAAAUUCUUUAGUUGGCAUCAAAAAUGGUUGUGAGCUUACACUUUUUUAAGGCAUGUCACGCAAUUUUCCUUAAUGCAGUCUGUUUUAAUCGUCUCUGUUUGCUUAUGUAGCAUUUCCCUAUGGCAUUUCUGUUCCUCCUGAAUUUCUUGAUUUCAUAUGAGAUUUGAAUUAACUUUUUCACCUGAUGGUCUUUUCUUUUGUUUUGUUCAAGACUCGGAUCUUUUCGUAUUUGACCGCAGACGAUGGCGAAGAAUUCCCAGGAAAGCUAGCUUGCGACAAUGAGGGCUUUAUGAAGAAGCUAACAGACGAAGAGAACAUCAUAUCACAAAUGCAGGAUUACUACAGCUUCUUGGCGUCCAAUACAAUAAGCAUUAGUAAUGUCACGUGGACGUCUCCUUAUCUGGACGCGUCGGGCCUGGGACUCAUGGUCACGGUGGCAAUACCGGUCAUCAGCAAAGUCACGAAUAAGUGAGUCACGCUUGGAUUUCGCUUGUGCAGUUGCGAGCGGUUAUGAACAAAAUUUUCUAUGAAUAGAACUGUACUUUAUUAAUUUUUUUUCAUUAUUUUUAUUAGAAUUUCCUACUUUUCUCAACAAUUUCAGUGACGCAUCGCUGAGUCAUUUUUGGCUUUGUCACGGCCUAUUGGGUCACGCAAAGCCAGUCACUUUUGGUUUUGUCACGCCCGGUUAGGUCAUACUUGGCAAGUCUUGCUAGCCUACUGUAGGCUUCAAACUAGUAAAAGUUAAAAUUUGUUCUUUAUGUCUUUACAAAGUUCUAUCUCAGACAAGCAAGCAAGCAGAUAAUAAAACAAGCAACUGCAAACAAGAUCGUUGUUAAGUUUUCGAAAUUUCGAAAUAGCACAAGCCGUAGCCGGGCGUACCGAAGUACGCUCCUUUACUUCCGAAGCCAGUUUCAAUUUCUGAACGCGUACCACGUUGGAAUAGGAAGAAAUUAUGGUUUCAGCUCUCCAAACGGAUUGUCUCUGAUUUUAUCUGGGACUCAUUUCGCUGCCUUUUUUUUGAAUCAAGGAUUUAAGUCGAGUUAUUAUUGUCUCAUCCUAGGACUAUAGGUGUGGUUGGAAUUGAUGCCACACUGGAAGAGAUUGAGAACAUCCUGUUGAACGACCAGUGGGGAUCGGUGUACGCUUUUCUGGUGAAUGAGGGAGGAGAGACAAUUUUUCACCCGCUUUUGCGACCAAGCACUGAGGUAAGGGAACAACCACGCUAGAAGCAUUCGGUUUGUUGAGGAAGGUUUCCUGUAUUUCCUAGCGGCUGAGUGGAUUCAAGACAACUGGUCUUGUCUUUCUGUUUAUCUCUGUCUUCCAUUCUGGAUGGAUGUGGUGAGGCACUCUUCAAUAUCUCCCGUAGUUGUUUCAGCUGCUGUUCAUUUGCUGAGAAACAAAGGGCUUGCAGACUCGCUGAUGAUAUGCUGGGAUGUUGACUGAAAUAAGAGGGCAAAUAUUGAAACAUAUCACCUUUAGCAGUUGAACGUAUACAAAUACCCCGAAAGAGUCGGGGAAAGAUUCGUAUGAUGCAAAAAGAAUGUCUACAACUUUUCAUCGCAAAAAAGAAAAAGAAGCGAGACCUAUCUAGGUUCUCUUCUCUCAAUUAUGAAUGGCAUAACGUCUGGGGUAGGGUUAGUUUGCUUUUUUACAAAUUGAAGUGAGGUUCGUCAUAAUUCGAUCAAGCGGUUCUGAGAUUAGCCUCUCAACUUGAAUCUUUUUGCACGUUAUAAACCGAUGAUUUUGGGCUAUGUUAGCGCAUGAUUCGGACAAAUCGUGGAAUUUUUCGAAUAGCACACACUCUGGGGUAGAAAUAUUAUAUUACCAUCAACUUUUAUCUGUUGUUAGUAGUUGACCGCUUCGCUUCGAGAAGAUGAGCUGAAAGGUUGAGCCUCUAAGAUUGACUACCAUCUGAUUUCCCUUUGAAGUAUCGCCUCUUAAUCAUACAUUAAGGUCAAGAAAAUAGUGGAAAAAAAUCCUCCUUGUUAGCAGCAAAAGGUCUCGAGUUUUCCUUUUUCCAACUUGUGUUUCCCUUUACAAAUUUAUAUGAACGUGUCAAUGAUUUUUUCGCAUGUUUAGCGUGACAGCGGUUGUGUCUUAUGUUUUCUUAUGAAAUUUUGCGCGGGAAAUUGGCGUGCAGCCGGCCAAAAUUGAUCCCCUUUGCGCAUGCACUACGUUUGACCGCUGUGUUGGUCAGUUCCUUCAACUGGAAGUUUUCUUACCUGUGACCGGUGAUGGGAAAAACACGAUUGUUUAGCCUUCCUUUGCAUCGACACAAUAACAUCAUCUUAAGUACUUGACGAUAUUGUUUUCGUGUAAGGACAUACAUAAAAGGGUCAGCGAUGAAGUUUAGCAGAAGAAACGAGCAGACAAGAAGAUCUGCAGUGCUGUUUUCCCAGUGGUAAAAAGCGUUCCCUAUUAGACGGACCUGAAAAAUUAAGGCGGAUUUUCAGAAAUGACCAGUAUUCUAGGGUUCCAGAAGGCUUUCAUGAGACUAAAACGGAGGCUGACUUAAGACCAAUCACGGUGAUGAUGAAUCGUGCAACGAACCAAUCACGAUUUGCAGCAAAGCUUGGUUUUCGAUGAAAAAGCGCGGGAAAUUUUGCGAACGAGGGUGUUCACAUCGGUCUAUUUUAAUCAUCUGAUUGGCUAAGAAUAAAAUAAGUUCGUUGAAGAGUUAUACAUGCUUCUGGGCUCUGUUAUUCUCUGUUAUUAUUUAUAACACAAUCAGUCAAAACCAGGCGUAGAGGUCGGAAAUAUUGGUGGAUGAAAAGCAAAUAAUGUUCUUCGGCAGACCCGACCAUAGGGGGUGAUUCCUGAACUGUUCAGAAUGAAGAGAGCUCAUGAGAAUUACAUUGAAUCGACGUUUUUAGUACUACUUAUCAGUUCUCUCGAAGAAAAGGAAGAUAUAAAAGGAAUGAAUUAUGUGACUAAUUCGAGUGAGCUUUCGAAACCUAGUUAUCCAGGAAACCUCAUUUCUUGCAGACAUAAGUUUACCUUUGAGUUGACAAGAUUGUCUUCACGAUUGAUUUUGAUUUUGAUACGAUGCCGAUUGCUCCGACGGACUCCAAAGGUACAGGCUUAAAAAUUUUCCUAACGGGUUCACUAAACAAGUGUUCCUCUCUCACCAAUCUUUGUAGAGUUAGUAUUAGAGUUAAAAAAAGGUUUUGGUUGAAAAAAGAAUCGAUUUGAUAGCGAACGCUUUUAUCGUCAUGAGCAAGUAUUGCCCCAAUAUUUUCAGUUUCUCUUUUAACUUUCGGUGAACUGGACGUCUUCUUUUCAUAAAUAAAUUCUGGAGUGAUCAAAUCUAAAUUAAAGUUAAACAUUCAGGCAGAAUAUUUAAAAAACUUGAAAGUAAACAAAAAUAAAUUAUUUCAUCCGGUAGUGUGAAUUAAUUUUUGGCGCUAUGAAGCGAAAAGUGGCAAAAAAAUUCAGCGUCCGAUCAUUCAUUGAAAUGAAUUUGGCUUACAAGUUAGUAAUCGUAAUGGAAGGAUAUUUUUGGCAGCAAAAAAAACCUACCAUCAAUGCUUUCGAACCAAAAGUGGAUUUACAAGGGGUUUUUAAUUUGGCCAAUUUGUCAAUCCAAACGUGGUUGCCAUUGAAACGUUACGUCAUGCGAACAUAAGGUUUGCUAGUACGUGGUCAUGAAUCUAUUCGCAUAUGUUUUUCUGUUUUUAAAUUUAAAGAAAGUUUAGAAAAUUGAAUGCUGAUUGAUCGAGCCGAUUGAAUAAUAGAGACGUUUAAAACUUAUCAAGAAUUCUUCAAUGACAGUGGUGUUCCUUCUGUCAGUCCUAGGUAAAUGUCAAUAUUUCAUAAGUUAACAGAAGAUAUUCGAUCUCUGCUUUGUUUUUCUUUGUUGUUGUUGUUUUUUUUCCAAAAGCCAUAACGUUAUUUUUGUGCGUUGCUUCGCAGGCCUUUUGUCAUGGACAGCUUCCAAACGAAAUUUUAAGCUCGCCUCAUCCUUUUCAAACACCUUUUUUUCUCAGUCAAUUUUGGAGUAAUCAAAUCGAUAAUAGCACGAAUUUAUAAGGUAUUUUUGAAGAAUUCAAAGUAAACAAAGGGCAGAACAUAUUUAAUCGGGUUGUAAAUAUUACUUGUCUGGCCGUUCAUCGAAAACUAUUGUUAAGAAAUAUUCUAUUCUUUUUUUCCUUUUUAAAAAAAAAUUACCGUAAUAACCGGUAGUCAAUAUAUCGCUCACUUAGCCGAUCUUUACCUUUAAACUUAAUCUUAUACAUUUUCAUACCUUGAGAGCAUAUUAUUUGAAAGGUUUUUGAGGCCUUAUGAAUGUGAGGUACUUCAAACUUUUUGGGGGAUUCGACACUCUGCUCAAGAUACUUCAACUAGAUAAAUUCUUACCAUGAAUGGAAUCCAGCCAAAGAGAUACACUACAGAAAUUAGUACCAUCGUUCUUGAGAACUGUAUUUCGGUGUCCUCUCGUUCGAUGUUUCUAAACUGUGCCAUCCGUCGUGCUCCAGGAAGAAUCAUGUUCGUCACCGAUACCCGCCGUUUCCUGUUUCUAAACAGUUCCCAGAUGACUGUUAUGUUACAAAAUAGGACUACGGUCGCAGGUAGACCACCGAGAACUGCGUAAAACGCACAGAACGCGCGGUCAAGCGCGUUUUUCGGAAACCAGUUUAAAGUACAAAAAGAGCCACUUGAGCUUCUCAUAAAGCUUCCAAAUUUCAAGAUGGGAAAAAACGCGACGAACAAGGACGCUGCUAUAGCUCCUGACAGUAGCACUUUUGCCUUGUUUACUGUCAUUGUUUUGCGAUGAAAAAAUGGUUUGGUGACGGCUAUGCAGCGAUCGACCGCCAUUAAAGUUGCUAAGAACGCUGAACAAAGCGUCGAAAAUAGGAAGACAAAUCCCUGGAAGUCGCAAAGUUUCUUCCCGCCAACCCAUUCGCCUUUGAUGUGGAAUAACCAAGAUGGAACACAAAAAAAUGUGAUGGAGAUCAAGUCGAUGCAUGAUAAUCCAAGCACGAAGACAUUAGGGCUAAGCGGUUGUAGCUGAAGCAGUCUAGCAGAGGAAAGAAUGGCGAAUGUGUUGGCGAUGAUUCCAGUGAUCGGCAUAAUGUACAAGAUAAUUUCUACAGAUAACUUAGAAUCAUCGUUUGUGGAAUUUCCUGUCAUUGUCUUCAAUUUAAUGCCUUAUUCAUUCGUCUUGGGUUGUUGCGAGAGAGCGGCAUUCUUCUGCGCUUAUUCUCGUCUUUUCGUUCCGGCCUUCCUACCUUAUGUUGAAAAAAGAUCUUUGUAUGCCCGCAACAUUAAGGUUUUCUUUUCACAAUUUAUCUCACUUAGUUACCCCUUGUGCCUGCCGAUUCAGAUUCUAAUUGGCUUAAUCCUCGUUGCCCAAUUGUCUUCCGUUUGAGUAGUUUUAACCCUUGAGGCUGUCAAAUGCUCUUCUAAAUUAUUCACUAUUUUUAUUGAAGUGUGGUACUCCUUUGACCAGAAUGAGUUUAAAAUUUUUCAAUUACUCUCGAACCGGUAGCAAAUAUCAUUUCCCUCGACGUAAUAUUCGCAUGUAGAAACUCAAAUUUCCUAUAUUUAUUGUUUGGAAUACUGGUUUACAUGUUAAUCUAUUUUUUUCGUCCAACAGCUUGCAGCUUGCAAUAAAAUUCACAAAUGUUUAUGUGUGCACGGAAUAUAUUAAGAGCUUCUGCGCUUACGCACGUGUAAUGGUGCAUGAAAAUGCUCUUUAAAAAGAAAAUUUAAUUAACUAUCUGCGGCUUGAGUAUGAUCUUGUGUUCCCAAAGAGGAAAUUGUAGAGCAAGCCAAGACCGGGUAACUGUAGAAAAAAAGAAAAUAUUUUCAAAACUGUUUGCGGGGUGCGAUGAUAGAUGAAUAAUAUCCAAGAUUUCCCAUUCGUUUAAAGCGCGCUCAACUUGACAGAAAUUCUAUGGUAGGGUUUUGUUUACCUCGGUUAUUUUCACCCUCGCUGUAUUAGUACUCUGCUAAUCAAUUUGUAUUCAGUCUCAUUUCAUACAUUUUGCACUUAGUUUUGAAUAGUUUACAAAAGGCUUAGGAAGUCACAAAGGCAGUUCACCAAAUUGGUCAUUAAUAUUGAAGCGGCGGUCAAAUUUUCAAUGUGCUACCACAUUCUCAUUACAUAUUCCUUAUUUGGAAGGCGGGAUCACAACUUUCUUUUAUCCUAAAAUUGGUUUAUGUUUGUGAAAGUGCAAGCAGCUGCUUGUAUUAAAACAAACAAGGAAAGUGUUAUUUGAACAUCUGUAUUUUCUCUGUAGAAAUUAAGGAGACUUAUCUUUCAAGAAGGAGAUUUUAUUUGAAUUUGUCAAAUAAAGCCAUGAUCCUCGCUGAUAAGCAGACAGUUGUAGGAAAUAAGCCUGAAAGAAAAAAAAACAAAAAAACACCGGCUUCAACGAGAUUCGAACCCAUGCCUCCCGGUUACUUGUUGAGCACCACUACCGACUGAGCCAUCAAGUCACAUAUUAGGAACGAGGGAACUUUAGAGGGUUUUUUUUUCCCGUUUCUCUUUCACGCAAGUAAACAACGAUAUUGAGUGAUAAACUCAAUGCAUUGGAAGGAAUAGGUAGACGUGUAUUUGUGUUAAACGUUGCAAAAACUUCAUAAAUAGUGGUCAAAAGCUUUCAUUUAAAGAUGGCCACACCAAUUUUUCAAUUGCAAAAAUUUGCAGCGCGCUCUUAUUUAAUUGAAUGGUGGGGCACCAGGGUUUUAUGCUAAGGUACGUAAGGCUAGAACGAUAGAUCAUUAGCUUGCUCACUUAGUGGGAGUUCUUCCGGAAAAAUUGAAAGGCACGGACAUCUUAAAAAGCUUAAUGGUUCCCCUACAGCGUAUCUGCGGUGAACGUUAUAUUAGUCGACAUCCUAUGACCAUUUCUUUUAUCUUCGAAACCUAUGAUGCGUAUUUAACCUCAACAUAGCAAAGACAUCUUUAUGCCAAUUGAGGACAUAACAUUGCGCGGAGCCGCCUGGAAACAAAUAUAUCCAACUUUUUGUUCAAUAGUUGACUUAAUCGGCCGGGUUUUCAAAACACAUUUGCUAAGCUCGAGUUCAAGGAAAUUUUUUUAAUAUUCUUGUAACUUUACAGAAAAUUUUAUCAUUCAUAAUUUGUUUCUUUCAACUUAGCUUGACGGCAGGAUAAAAUUCUACAAAAAUUUAGUUGUAGUUAAGAGAACAAAAGCAAUAUUUGCUUCCUACGCACAAAAAAUAAAGCACCAAAUUUUUUUUAACCCUGAAAUUAUCUCUAGGUACCUUUGAGACAGUCGGCCUUUGAAUGAGAAGAGGAAACGAUAUCGUGUAGUUUUUAAUGCGUGUUCGUAACGCUACGUUACCAUUGCGUGCGCUACGGCGAAAAGCUUGCUUCGUGAUGAAACUCAGGCCAAUUUGUCUUUAAGCAUGUCGCACAAGACCAUUUUAAUGUAGCUAUUCCAAAUCUGGCAAAAUGUUGUGGGAAUUGCUUCUGUAGCAGCUUCGCCGUUCUCUCUUACUGCAACUCAGCAUCAGAUUGCUCUUUUGAUAAUCGCAAGAAGUCACGUGGACAGUAAUUGUCAUAUUGGUCGAGCAGGAGCCUGGGGUCACACGUUGCUUACAGUGCUACACUGAAAGUCUCGUCGCUCUAAAAAGUAUCUUGUUAAAACAUGAAUCUGACCUGAGUCGGAAAUCUUUUCGCACCAGGAAAAUUCAACGUAGCAGUGAUAGUAUGGAGCAAGUAUUCUAUAGCAAGUAUUUUAUAGCUAUUCCAAAACUGGUAACUUUAAGGAAGUCUUUUCUCGUAACCCUACUUUUUAAUUCCCCCAUUAACGCCGGUUUUUUGGAGUGAACAGCUCUUUAGCUCUUUAUGUGACAGUUAAACGUUGUGCCUUGAUUCGGUGUUUUGCUUUCCUCACACAGCUUGUGGAUGAUCCAAUCUUCAUUCCAAUCAGCACCCUCGAACAGCGCAAUGGUAAACCGGCGGAGUUUGACACAGUCGCCAAAGGCAUGAUGGAUGGCGAAACUGGCUCUCUCAGAAUCGAAAACGCCAUUAGAAGCAUUCCAAAAGGAGAUUUUCAAGAUGGAGUUAUGCUCGUUACUCUACCCUCCACUUAUUACUACACGUCAAUCAAGGACUCCGAGUACGUUUUUGCCUUCAAUCUCGCAGACUCGGAUAAGAAUUACCGCAGACCAGCAUCACCGCCGCGUGGGAUGAAAAUUCCUGUCAAUUAUUACGCCAACAUUUUGUCCUAUAACUCCCCUGAAGUGAGGCAGGUAAGGAAUAUGUAUUAGUACAUCAACUUCGACGGUUAAUUAAAAAAUUUUUGGAAAGGGUUAUGUAUUCAAUACGCCAGUGAGGCUUACAGCAAUCAAGGUCCUGUUCUGGACAGUGAUAGUUGUCCUUAGAUUUCAUACGUGGCCAGUACGUGUUUUGUUACGUGUUUUGUUUGUUAGUUCUACAAACAUUUACAUCCAUGCUCAGUCCUCAAACUCUGGUGUUUGCGUAAAAUUUUAGUUCAUUUUAUUUCGACAGUUGAAGCUUUUACUUUCUUUUUUUUACGCAAGCAGACGAACUGAGCGCAAUCUUUAGCCAAACUAUCGGCAGACCAACCCUCCCCCUCCCCAUUUUUCAUCGCCUAACAACAAUGUCCAUCUCCUCCCCCAUUUUUGUUGAAGAUUGUACCCUUCCCCGUGUCAGUAAUGUUUUAUACGAUAAAUUGAAUUAUACACGCGUUAUGAUUCGUUCUUAAUUAUGAGCUAAUGGAGAACAGAAUAUUAGUUGUCCUCACCAUUAGCCCUUUACCUCCCAUGAGUGACCAAGAAAGAAUUUCUCCUUACGAUAUCGAUACAAUAUCAAGCAGACGAGUGAUGAGAAUAAAGUAAAAUAUCAAUCAUGGGAUUAUUAGUUGAUCCAAUACCAAAUUCUCCAAAUUGACAUCAUAAGAAUUGUAUGUCAGACAGUAAAGAGAAUAACUAACAAGAUCUUGGAAGGUAAAGGGUUAGGAACAUUUUCCUUUUUUAAUCCCCAUCACAUUUUUACGUCAUCUGUGAUCAACUACCGAACAGACGCUCGGCAACAUGGAAUCUAUUUGUUGACCCAUGAACUCCCAUGAGUGACCAAGACAGAAUUUCUCUUUACAAUAUCAAUACAACACCAAGAAGACAAUUGGCAAGAAUCAAGAAAAGUAUCAAUUAGGGGAUUAGUUGAUCCAAGACCAAAUUCUCAGAAGUCACAUCAGAAGAAUUUUAUAGCAGCCAGUAAAGAGAAUUUCUAAUGAGAUCUUGGGAGUUAAAGGGUUAAAUUGAUUAUUUCUCUUCUCCUGCAGGUUUUGGGAAAUUUGUACGAAGAUCUAAAUGUUGAGUACAACGUGUCUUUCUUCCCUGAUUUACCCUUGACUUUUAACGUGUCCACUGUGAUGCUGAGCCCCAAGACCUACUGUAACCCAAACAACUUCCUCUUCAGGGAAAAUAACAGCGAUAUCACCAUCGAAGCACAUCGUUUUCUGAACGGGGAUGGAGAUAACAGUGGUUGUCCACAUGGACGAUUUCGGGCUUCUGUUAGGUACGAUAAAAACACGAUUCGUGGGAGGGCCUUCGAUUGAGUGUCGCAGAGCCUAAGUAAAAGAAAUCGAAACGGCCAAUCGGAGCGAAAGAAAAUAUCAAGGAGCCAAUGAGAACUCAAAUUUAGAACAAGCCAACUGUCUGAACCGCGGGAAAACACGGUUGGCCAAAUCGCGUUUGGUUUUAGUUUUGAAUGGGAUUGUUUUGGAAAGUGGUGCGAGUUUUCUGUACCAAUCAUGAAACCCAAACAAACCCGGAUGACUUUCGACACUCAAUUGAAAAUUGUUCUGUUAUCUUGUAUUAGCGUUGGUGUAAUUGAAGUUAUGAAGAAAAGACGAGAAAUUUUAUUCGAACUCCCUCAAGAGUCAACAUUUGUGGUGUUCAGCAUGAGUGUGUAUGCAGGACACAGUGCUAACGAUUCAUCGCCAGCAUCCGAGAUGAACAGAAUAUGAAACCAUCGACAGAGGUUAUCUUAAGGCAGUUAAUUUUAUUCAUUUCUUUUAAGAUUUAUUAAGUGCUGUUCUGGUAUGUAACUCAUACAUUUAUCCGGUGGUCUACUUCUCGCACCAACUCGUCGGCGAUCUUCCAAUAGAACGCAGUUAAAUUUGUUUUUUGAAUGCAGUUUCUGGAUUACUGAUCCAAAAUGUACUGAAAGUGCGACGGUUAUUUUAUUUUUCUCUUUUUUCCCCUGCUGUAGACCUGAUGUAGAGAUUACAUCAUUAAUAGAGGACAUAUGGAAGAACAAUCGGUCGAGAGAGAUUUUGAAAGAUGUUCCCUGGACAUACAUUGGUACACGAAGUGGUAUUUUCCGUUCUUACCCAGGCCACCGCUCACGAAAGAACUUCGACCCGACCAAGUAAGAGUUCUUACAAGAAAUAAAGCCUGGCUGCAUCUGCGUUUAAUUUAGUUUUGAGUCAGUUAGUGUGGCAAUAGUGCUCAUAUGAAUAGAUUUUUUAACUUCAGGAAAGAUUUUUAGAAAAGUGGCAAAACCAGAAACUUGCAAUUAUUACUUACUGCUGCUGUUGUUCAUAUUUUAGAAUUCCUUCGGCAAGAGUGAAAAUGACAAUUUCAACGGGUGAAACGUUUAUCAGCGCUGGACAUUUAUUCUAAUCCUCCUCCUCUCGGAAUCCAACUUUUCCCUUCCGUUGGAGAGCCUAUUUAGUUUUCAAGCCUGUUGGUUUUUAAAUAUUUUUAAAUAGUUUGUGAAACACAAAAUAUUAAUAACUGACCUUAAAAUCUCACAGGCGGCCAUGGUAUCACCGUGCCUUGGUAAAUCCAGCCAAAGCAGCUGUGUCUAAUGCCUACAUGGACGCCAAUGGUAUUGGAAAGGUGAUCACAAUUUCAGAGGCAGUUUUCCAGGCUUUGCCACAAAACACGUCUAAUAUAACUUGCGGGGGCACAAGUAAUCUUCCAGGAGGAUGCGCGUGUUCAAGGUAUGAUAAUGCACAUGUAAGGUUUGUUGAUAACAGAGAAUCGGAGCUUCUGUUGUGUGGCGUGCCAUGCGAUGUCAUAGUGUGACAUACCAUGCGAUGUCAUAGUGUGACAUACCAUGCGAUGUCAUAGUGUGACAUACCAUGCGAUGUCAGGGUGUGACAUACCAUGCCAUGUCACAGUGUGACAUAGCAGUCCAUGUCACAGUGUGACAUACCAUGCCAUGUCAUAGUAUGACAUACCAUGCCAUGUCAUAGUGUGACAAGCAUGUCUAUUGUUGCUACUGGUUUAAUGUUUGCGCCUUCCUUCAUAUUCUAGGGAUGUUCAGUGUAUUUCAGGCAAGUGUCGUGUUUAUGAAGGGAAUCGUUCCCUUUGCGCUGGGGAUCGAGUUGAAGCAGUCACAGCCUUAGAUAUCCUAUACAAUGAUUUCCGUCGCCGAGUGUACGGGCUGCUGGACAGCUCAGGAGAGGAGAAAUCCUGUGGAAUGAACUACACUUGUCCUGAUGGCGAGCACGUGUGUCAAACGAGGUAUGUAAUGCCGUUACCAAUACCUGCAAACCAUUUCCGAGAUCAAGAACACUCACUUUCAAUAUGAGGCCAUGUGCAAAACCUUUCCUGUGAGAAAAAUUUUUACUCGAUGGGAAGGAAAAAAUAACGAAUGGGUAGCUGGCACAGGGACUUUCCGGGUUUCCAUGAAAAUUAGAGCGAUAUCACAAUAUUUUCAGCCGUUGACUGUUCCUCGUAAUCCAUUCUUCUAAAGUCUCUUCAAACAUCCAAAUUCCCCAUUUUGGUGCAAUUUUUUUCUAAUUCCCCUAUCUUUCCCCAUUCCCUCCAACAAGUAACAGUGAAGACAUUGUCGAGCUUUUUGACGAAAACACAAUUCCUGAAAGAAAUUGCAUGCGGCGUAGAACGACGUGAAAGGAAGUGAAAAAGGGAGUAAGUUUCUAAAGAAACUGUGUGGCUGAGUCGGUGGGAUAUAAUAUUCGUCAGAGAAAAUGACAGAGGGCUAAUGCUUGAAAUGUCAGCCAUAGAUACUCUGAACGGUGGCCAAAUUACAGUACCAAUUCAGUUGAUAAAACUAAAUUAUCUUGCAAUCCAGAGAAGAAAACAACGUCCCAAACCACGACUUUUUUUUUUUCUCUUAGAUGCUACCUAGUAGAUAACUUGGCUAAUUUAGUCACCGAUCCAGACUUCCUUCUGGCGAGUACCACAGACGCGCGAGAAUAUGAACGAGUAAGCUUGGGACGUAAAGAGGGUGACGUAAUGAAACUUUUGGUCACAAAGCAUAAGUUCUUUGUCCCUAACCAACGAGUUGAUUUCCAGGGAAUUUGCAGCGUUUCCCCGUAUGCACCUAAGGUAUGUCCAUACUAACCCGUUUUAUUCCACUUCGGUGUCCUUAAAAGAGCUACAACUGUUUAGGUCUCUUUGUGGUUGGGAGUCCAUCAGUAAGCUUUCCGAAUGACCAUUUAAGUGAAUUGACAAAUGCUUCGAGUUUUUCACUCCACAUUCUGUAAGGAUCUUUUCGUUCUCAGAGAAUUCUUGUUUAUUUUCAUUAAAUUGACUGUAUCAAUAAGAUUACAUCUUCUUUCACUUAAAAUUCAAUAACUUAUCUUUCAGGUAACACUGGAAGGAAUCGUUAGAACACCUGAACAGGAAGAUGACUACUACAAGAACAGAGGGCCUAUUCCUCCAUUUAGAAACGAGUACGGCUGCAUUCAGGAUGUUGUAGGCUACACUUCAGACGAUGCUGUUCUGGGUAAGCUUAGUAUAUUAUUAACUUCCGCAUGUAUUGAUGCUGAUGCUCAGGAAAGCUAUAACAGCUAGCCAACGAGGUCGCCUUAUAGUUUAGUAAGUAGAGUUACAGACUGAGAAAUCGGAAGGUCAGCGGCUUGAAUGCUCUCGUUGGUAUCGUGAUAGAUUUUCAACAUCAUUGUAUUUUUAUGUUUUUACUUUUUUUUUCGUCUCUUGUUAUGACCCGUAUCAGUAAGAGAAUUGACUUUCAUCGGUCUUAUUUGGUAGGUCCUGACGGCAUCAUUGCGGACUCUGUUGAUGGUCCUUGCAGAUCCGGGAAGUUUUUCCUCUCGGCUCUCCCUAGGACUAAUCUCUAUCUGCUUGUGAUAGAGAACUGGAGCGAGUACCGUCAAUCCUACUUUUAUAACUUUAACUGCCACAUUAGCAACCGAGUGUAUGACGCAGGCGCAUUCCGCAUCGUAAACGGCACAUGCGCACACAUUGAGACCCAAACGAGUCUUAAAAAGAAGGAAAAGUGCCCCGCUCUGAAGAACGUCGCGAUGCAAUGUAGCUACAAUGUGUCUAAUACUCUAACAGUACCCAGCCUUAUACAGUUGUUUGUGACGGUCUUCGCCGUCAUUUUGAAGACGAGAUGAUUAAUUAUUAUCGUUAUGUUAGAGAACUAGUUAAUUUAUUUGAUGAUCUUCGAAAAUGUAUUCCGACAGAUUUUUACAAUUGAUUGACCCACCACCUACUGAAAUAACCUACAAGCUGUGAUUUCUUGAUAUCUUCAAAAACAUUAGCACGUUAGAGCUGCUGGUAUUUUUAGAAAUGUUCAUGUCUUGUGGGGGCGGAUCCAGGAU